AUGACUCCACACCUUGGUAUAACCUGCCUGCUCGGCGCCAAAAUGAGUGCGCUCGAAUCAAAUGGGCCUCCCAACCGUGCUUCCUACUCGACCGAGUUUCUAAGCUAUUCAUCUGGUACUUUAGCUGUGCGCAAGGACAAGAAAGGCCGCGUGGCAUCGCUUGCUAAUGGCGGUUUUGGAGCAUACAAAGACACUCAAGGCAAUGGACAACAUGCACCUGACGCCUCCAUUUCAGAUGCAGCCGGCACUCUCUCUCUUGCAGCCGGCACUCUCUCUCCCUCCGCCACCUAUGUCAACAAUGCCGCUCAGCAUCUCACCGCUGCCAAUCAGUCAAGCCCUGUCAUUCCCUCCGCCUCAGCUUUCCUCUCAACUGCUGCCACCACGAUCUCUCCUUCAUCCGCCUGUCUGAACCCUUCCGCUCAGCAUCUCACCGCCGCCAAUCAGUCAAGCCCUGUCGUUCCCUCCGCCUCAGCUUUCCUCUCAACUGCUGCCGCCACGAUCUCUCCUUCCUCCGCCUGUCUGAACCCUUCCGCCGCCAAUCAGUCAAGCCCUGUCGUUCCCUCCGCCUCAGCUUUCCUCUCAACUGCUGCCGCCACGAUCUCUCCUUCCUCCGUCUGUCUGAACCCUUCCGCUCAGCAUCUCACCGCCGCCAAUCAGUCAAGCCCUGUCAUUCCCUCCGCCUCAGCUUUCCUCUCAACUGCUGCCGCCACGAUCUCUCCUUCAUCCGCCUGUCUGAACCCUUCCGCUCAGCAUCUCACCGCCGCCAAUCAGUCAAGCCCUGUCGUUCCCUCCGCCUCAGCUUUCCUCUCAACUGCUGCCGCCACGAUCUCUCCUUCCUCCGUCUGUCUGAACCCUUCCGCUCAGCAUCUCACCGCCGCCAAUCAGUCAAGCCCUUUCGUUCCCUCAGCCUCAGCUUUCCUCUCAACUGCUGCCGCCACGAUCUCUCCUUCCUCCGCCUGUCUGAACCCUUCCGCUCAGCAUCUCACCGCCCCAUUCCAGUCAAGCCCUGGCCUCCUCUCCACCUCCACCUCCUGUUCUGCUGCAGCCAGCACUCUCGCUCCUGCAGCCAGCACUCUCUCUCCUGCAGUCGGCACUCUCUCUCCUGCAGCCGGCACUCUCUCUCCUGCAGCUGGCACUCUCUCUCCUGCAGCUGGCACUCUCUCUCCUGCAGCCGGCACUCUCUCUCCUGCAGCCGGCACUCUCUCUCCUACAGCCGGCACUCUCUCUCCUGCAGCCGGCACUCUCUCUCCUGCAGCCGGCACUCUCUCUCCUGCAGCCGGCACUCUCUCUCCUGCGGCCGGCACUCUCUCUCCUGCAGUCGGCACUCUCUCUCCUGCAGCCGGCACUCUCUCUCCCUCCGCCGCCUAUGUCAACAAUGCCGCUCAGCAUCUCACCGCCGCCAAUCAGUCAAGCCCUGUCAUUCCCUCCGCCUCAGCUUUCCUCUCAACUGCUGCCGCCACGAUCUCUCCUUCAUCCGCCUGUCUGAAACAUUCUGCUCAGCAUCUCACCGCCGCCAAUCAGUCAAGCCCUAUCAUUCCCUCUGCCUCAGCUUUCCUCUCAACUGCUGCCGCCACGAUCUCUCCUUCCUCCGUCAGUCUGAACCCUUCCGUUCAGCAACUCACCGCCGCCAAUCAGUCAAGCCCUGUCGUUCCCUCCGCCUCAGCCUUCCUCUCAACUGCUGCCGCCACGAUCUCUCCUUCAUCCGCCUGUCUGAACCCUUCCGCUCAGCACCUCACUGCCGCCAAUCAGUCAAGCCCUGUCAUUCUCUCCGCCUCAGCUUUCCUCUCAACUGCUGCCGCCACGAUCUCUCCUUCCUCCGCCUGUCUGAACCCUUCCGCUCAGCAUCUCACCGCCCCAUGCCAGUCAAGCCCUGGCCUCCUCUCCGCCUCCGCCUCCUUUUCUACUGCAGCUACCUCGCCCUCCACCUCCGCCCCGUUAAGGACCUCUGCUCAGUAUCCCACCUCCCCUUCUCAGUUAAGGCCAGGCCUCCUCCCAAAUGCAGCUGCCCGGCUCUCUCCCUCUGCUGCCUAUGUGCACUUCCCUGUUCCUGCACAGUCCAGGCCUGCCGUCCCACCUGGAUCCACCUCGCUGCCACCUGCCCUCAGUGCUCUCUCACCCUCGGCCCCCUAUAUCAAUCCUGAGUUGCAGCCAACCAACUCUCCUCAGCCUGGCACCAUUCUCAUCCCACCAGCCUCUGCAUCCCCUGCUACUGCAAUGGCGCCCCCUCCUACACAAUUGCAAUCGUCCGGACUCCCAUGGACACUUCGUGUGCGCAAACAAAAGUCCGCUCUCCCAGACCCUGCACCAGCACCUGUCAAGGCUGUGUCGGAUGAGGACUCUGACGAGGAUGACUCUUUGGAAAAUCAAGUUGAGCAGCGGCCUGCUGCUGCAACCAGGGUUUCGCGAGCCGCUUUUGAGGCCGCGCAAGCUCAAAUCCAACAACAAGCGCAACGCAUAGCUGAGCUGGAGAAUCAGCAACCUCAGCAAAAAGGCCCUCAUGCUAGCAGUCACGCCAUGGUUCAGCGCCAGGCUAAUAUGCCCAGCCCUCCCCAACAGCCGGUUGCACCCCAGCUUGCUCCUUCAACCACUCGACCUUGCGACCAGCCGAAGGCAACAUCCCCCUUGAUUCUCUCACCGGUGGUGUGGCCACAUACGCAGGCCGCUUUUAGCCGUGCUGUGGCAAAGGCCCACGUCAAACGGCAGGCCAUCGACUGCUCUGCAAUGACGCCACGGCAAUGCCAGUGGUAUAAUAACGUCAUCACGACGUUAGAUGCUUUCCCGGAUGUGAACGAGGACCUUGGGGUGAGCAGCAAUCAUUCAUUUGAACCUUCGUCGUGCUUCCGAAUGUCAUUAGCAUAG